CAGUUUCCAGCCAUGGCUGCUCUCCCCAUGCUGAUGUUUCUCUUUACCAUGCUGCUCCCAGCGUUACUCACAGAGGCCAAGGACCCAGCUUUUGCUACUUUGUUAACCAAUCAGACUCAAGUGCAAAUAGAAAUCGUAAACAAACACAAUGAGUUGAGGAGAUCAGUCAAACCCCAGGCCAGCAACAUGCUGAAGAUGCAAUGGAGCUUAGAAGCAUCUCGAAAUGCACAGAAGUGGGCAAAUAUAUGUAUUUAUAAGCACAGCAAUAAAGAGGAUCCAAAACACAGAACAAAAUGCGGCGAGAAUCUCUUCAGGUCCUCUGGCUUGAGAUCUUGGUCAUAUGUGAUGCAAAAGUGGUUCAAUGAAAGCACAAACUUUACCUAUGGCUUGGGACCCAAGACUCCCAGUGCUGUCGUUGGGCAUUAUACUCAGCUCGUCUGGUACUCAACUUACCAAGUUGGAUGUGGAGUAGCUUACUGUCCCAGUCAGAAAACUAUGAAGUACAACUAUGUCUGCCAGUAUUGCCCUGCUGGAAAUUUGCCGAGUAAGAAGACUAAGCCAUACCAAGAAGGAACACCUUGUGCCAGCUGCCCCAAUAACUGUGAAAAUGGACUAUGCACCAAUGGUUGCGAGUACGAAGAUCUCCUGAGCAACUGCGAAUCCCUGAAGAAGACAUUGGGCUGUGACCACGAACUGCCGGUAGAGAAGUGCAAGGCCACCUGCCUGUGCCAAGACAAAAUCCACUAA